AUGUCAGACGAGGAAAGCCUCAUCGACACAUCAGCCUUUCCUGAUGUAUCACUCACAAUGGAUACUGACCCUUUGGACAGUCUCGAAGACCUCUUCGACACUCCACCCCCACCUCCACUUGUCCAAACAGAUCCUCCCGUCUUUGCAUCCUCGCUUUCUUCAGACGAGCUCAUGCGCCCAAAUACACCAAAGGCUUCAUCAACAUAUACUAACUCUUCCUCGGUCGAUAUUCUGAAAGACAGUCCAAAGAUGGACGAUCCCAUUGAAGCUUGUGAUGAGACUGGGUUGUACGAUACCCUAAUCGUCAUUCAAGAUAUCAUCAAGUCGCAAACCGAGCUGUUCAACGCACUGACUACAAGACUGAACGAGAAUACUGAACAUACUAAAACACAACUCAAUGAACUGUCAGGACUAAUCGAGAAGACCAAGAAAGAAAGUGAAGAGAGGAAGUUCAGGUUGAAAGCGUUCAUCGAGCAAGCCGUAGAAGAAGCUGUCCGAAGAGUAGUUAAUCGAGAUCAAGGGGUGGUAAACUCAGAAGCAAAGGGAAAUGAGAAGGACACUAAGAAGGGGAAAGAGAAUAACAAAGGGAAAAAACGAAAUAGGGAAUUGGAAGCCUUAUCAUAUGAUUUUUUCUCCAGUGGUAAACCUGAAAAUAAACCUAGAUCUUCGACGGACAGGAAUGAAAGUCAGACCCCUUUCUCUGCUUCAAGCUUCGCCCCGGGACAGUCGUUGUAUUCCACUGCCAGAAAUUCCUCUGUCAAUAAGAGAUUGACCGAGGUGAUCGAACUCACUGCUCUCGAAGACGAUAAUGGAGAUGAACAUGAAGAUGAAGACAUUCCCGUGCCACUCUAUCCCAACCCUCCAACGCGCUUACAUCGCGGACCUCUUUCCCAAUCGACUGAAACCCCGCGCAAAACGCUCAUGGAACGAAUCAUCCCCAGCAACCCAUUAAAAGAUCGAAAUUCCACUUCGGCAUAUGCACAUGCAAAAAAGUCUGGAUCCAGCUGUAAUUCAUACGAGACUUCGAACGUCAAACGAGCACGUCUUCGUCAUCCUCAUGCUCCAGGGAUCGAGAAACGAAAAGGGAAGGAAAAGGGCGAAAUGAAUAUCCGGGAAAAAAACGAAGGGAUUGCCAGCAGCAAUCACUGUCGUAUCGUUGGGAAAAAACAAAUCGGUACUUUACCUGAUGGGAGGAAAGACAUACUGUAUCUUAUCAAACAAAUGGGUAAACCCGUAUCUUCAGCCACAUGGGUCCAAGAGGAAGACAUUGAUGAUUUCGAUAACAAGAAUCACAUGUUUAUGCAGGAUUGCGAUCAUGAAGAUCCAAAGUUUGUCAGUUUUAGGAAUAAGGUUGCGAUCCUGCCUGAAGCUCAGGUAUACUGGGAUAGGAAUGGUGAAUGGAAAAUGGAUGAUGGGGCAUCGUAA